CCGAGGGGCCGCCAGGCGCGACCGCAGCGCGGGAGAAUGGGCUGUGGCGGUAGCCGGGCCGAUGCCAUCGAGCCCCGCUACUACGAGAGCUGGACCCGGGAGACCGAGUCCACCUGGCUCACCUACACCGACUCGGACGCGCCGCCCAGCGCCGCGGCCACCGACAGCGGCCCCGAGGCGGGCGGCCUGCACGCGGGUGUGCUGGAAGACGGACUCUCCUCCACUGGUGUGCCCCGAUCUACAGCCCCAGGUGGAAUCUCCAACCCAGACAAGAAGAUGAGCUGUGGGACCCAGUGCCCGAAUCCCCAGAGCCUCAGCUCAGGCCCUCUGACCCAGAAACAGAAUGGCCUUCGGACCACGGAGGCUAAAAGAGAUGCUAAGCGAAUGUCUGCAAAAGAAGUCACCAUUAACGUUACAGACAGUAUCCGACAGGUGGACAGAAAUCGAAGAAUGGCGAAGAACUGUGUUAACUAGCAGAGUGUUCUACUAGAAGGGCGGACGGACUUCUUUGGUGCCCUCCACAUGCUGGACCCCAUCAAGGAGUCUCAAAGAAGUGGGUGGCCCUUGCUGGGUGUGAAGAAUGCUGCUGCUUGAGACACUCUUACCUGGCAGGCCAGUGGCCGCCUGGGCUUUUGGGACAUUCUCUGCCUCCUACUUACCACGUUGAUGAAUUGGCACAGUACUUGCCUAGGGUAAUAAGCUGCAAAUGUGCAGUUUGCCUCUUUGCAACUCCUGCAGUGUGGUCUGAUGGAAAAGUGGUGAGCGAAAGCCACAGGUGGGUGAUGAAACAGAGACCAGCAGGAGUAGGUUCCCUGGUGAGAGAUGCUCACGUGGGUUCUGAGCUCUCCUGCGCGUGGUCGUGUGCGCUGUUGCGGGCCAGCUAGUUCUUUGGUUCGUUCCUUCGGAAUACCGCCAAUACUGCCAUCAGAAAGCUUACCGUGUUCACUUAACAGCUGUCUUUCACCCAACUGCAAACCCAGUUAUAGGAGAAAUCACGAACCAGGAAAACUCCCAGCUCUACUUGUUUCCUUAGCUCAGUAGGAGACAGAUUCAGAUCCCCUGUCACGCAAACUAACCCCCCCAACACCCACAGCGUGUUUUGGGAGCUCUCCAUGAGGCAGUCACACCCGUUUCUCAUCUGCCUUCCAUGUCCGCCCCCCAUACCGGUGUCCACGUCAGCCUCCGUAUCACAAUACCGCGGUCACCAUGGUCCACGCACCCAACCUGGGACGCCCUUCAGGGCUCAGCCAGACACCGCAUUUACAGAGCUUUCCAGGCCUCUCUGCUUGUGCUCUUGGUGUUUGUUCUCUCUAGUUGGGUCAUUUGCGAUGGUUGAUCAAAGCGCGGACAUAGCUCACAAGAGGGCGAUGAUCCAGAACCCACCAGCAGCAUACACGGCUUCGCUCUGGCCUCUCGACCACGGCGCCAGGACUGUGCCAUGUGCUGUCUGUGAAGGAGUUGCUUUAGAAAGCCCGGACCUGGUUGCCGUGCAUUCACGUUGACAUGAGACUGAUGCGCCCUGUGUUAGACAUCAGAGGUGGGGAAAAUGUUAUUAUCUAACAUUUCUUUAAACAUGUUCAGGUGGAAGUACUUCCUCCAAAGUAAUGUAACAUGAUUUUUAAAGGACUGUUAACAUAGCCUGGAUUGUGAAAGGCAGGACUAAAGAUGUACCAGACAGUACCAAUAAACUCCGUGUUUAGCAGAAA